ACUAGCUGACUAAAUAUUUACCCCCCACCUCCACCCCAAAAUUUCAACGGCCGUGUUUUUCUCUCUCCUCCGUUAUUCCCACCGCCAACAACCAGGAAAAAAACCCCAACUUUUCAAAUUGAAGAACCCUAAAUUCCCCAAUUCCAAUUACUUCCCCAAAUUAAAUCUUCCUACAAUGGAUUUUGAUUCAAACGGUGGCAAUAAACGAGUGUUCAAUCGACUCGGAAACAAACCACAGCCCCAUCACUAUCCAAAUCAAAAUCAAAAUCAAAAUCAGAAAGUCUGUUAUCAUUGGCAAGCUGGAAGAUGCACGAGGAACCCGUGCGCUUUUCUUCAUAGAGAGCUUCCUCCUCCACCUCUUCCCACUCAUGCUUCUUCGUCGUCAUCGUCUUCCUUCAAUGGCUCGUCAAAGAGGGCACACGGUGGUGGUUUGGGAGGUGGUGGUCCGAGAAACGACGGAUUUUCGAGUCGUAAAAACCCUAAUUUUAAUAAUACUUGGGGCAGGGUUGGUGGCGGCGGUGGCGGCGUUCCUCCGAAAAAGAUGGAGAGAGUUUGUAAUUACUGGGUUCAAGGGAAGUGUAGCUAUGGUGAUAAUUGCAAAUUCUUGCAUUCUUGGUCUAUUGGUGGUUCCUUUUCCCUGUUGACAACUCUUGAGGGCCAUCAGAAGGUUGUAACUGGGAUCACUUUGCCGUCAGGGGAUAAGCUUUACACAGGAAGUAAAGACGAGAAUGUCAGGAUUUGGGAUUGUGCAUCCGGACAGUGUGUUAGUGCUGUUCCUUUGGGAGGUGAAAUUGGCUGCAUGAUCAGCGAAGGGCCAUGGGUUUUUAUAGGGUUGCCAAAUAUGGUCAAGGCAUUGAACAUUGAGACAGUCACUGAUAUGAGUCUCAGUGGACCUGUUGGACAAGUUUAUUCACUGGUGGUGGGGAAUGAUCUGCUGUUUGCUGGGACAGAGGAUGGGUCUAUACUAGCCUGGAAAUUUAAUCCGGCCACCAAUUGCUUUGAACCAGCUGCAUCCCUAACGGGUCAUACACGUGCUGUUGUCACCAUGUUUGUUGGAGCUAAUAGACUUUAUUCUGGUUCGAUGGACAAUUCUAUAAGGGUGUGGAAUAUUGAAACAUUGCAAUGCAUACAGAUAUUGACGGAUCACAAAUCUGUUGUCAUGUCUGUUCUUUGUUGGGAGCAGUUUCUGUUAUCAGCUUCACUGGACAAUACAAUAAAGGUGUGGGCUGCUACCCCGAGCGGAAACUUGGAAGUGACCUAUACGCAUACUGAAGAGAAUGGUAUUCUCACUCUAUGCGGGAUGUUCGACGCAGAAGCAAAGCCGGUCUUGUUGUGUUCCACCAAUGACAAUUUUGUCCGCAUAUAUGACUUGCCAUCGUUUAUGGAGAGAGGGAAGAUUAUCUCAAAACAGGAGAUUCGAGCUAUUCAAGCAGGUCCUAGCGGAUUAUUUUUUACCGGUGAUGGAAAUGGUCAAGUGAGGGUUUGGAACUGGAUAGCAGAACCAAAGACAGCCACAGCUAUGUAAACAUUAUUUAUCUUUCACAAGUUUUUUCUCUAUUUUUUUCGUUGUUGAGGAAUUGCGAGAAGAUAAUCGCGGCUGAUGUUCCUUUGUAAACUGGGCACAAAUUUGGCGCCUUUUCAAGUUGUGUUCUUCAAUGUUAAGGACUACUCUUUUGGUUGAGCAGAUUGUUUCUCCACCAUCAACAGCAGCUUUGUUGAGAUUCAUUAUGUAUUUAUAGAAAAUGAGGAAAUAAGAUUGUGUAACACUUAUGUAGUUAUGUAUGUAACCCAUUCAGUGAUUUUGGUAGUGUAUGUAGCCCAUUCUGCAGAAAGCUUUUUUUCUUAGUUCA